AUGGAUCUUCCAGAGAAAUCCACCCCCUCUCCUGCAAAGGAGGAUGCUCCGACUCGCUCUCCGGCUCAACACUCAACUCGAGCCGAAGCUUCAGAGCAAGUUGCACUUCCUCCCGGAACUCACUCCCCGGCUCGAAUUCGAGAGCAGCAACACAGAGACGUUCCAACUGCGUACACAGUCUUCUAUGGCCCUGACAACUACAGUGCUAUUCGCGAUAUGCCAAUGGAGCCUGACUCGCACACCAAGGGCUUAGCAGCGGUGGAAGAGGCGACCGCUCAGUCGGCGAAUUCAGCCCAUGCCGACUGGCGGCCCUUUUACCCUCCCGAGGAAGAAGCUAUUCGCAAUCAAAUAUCAACCCAAAGUACCACGUCUUCUCCAGCUUCAACUGUCGGUGCUCAGACGGAGUCAAUCCACAGAGACAUUCCUCCCGCGUCUUCCAUCUCCCGGGCGGACGAUCGUACUCACGACAGGUCUCAACCACCCUCAUCCUUGGCAAAAAUGAAGGAAGAGGCUCCAUUGGCUAAGCGAAACUUCGAUACACCUUUUCGAUCCCGAGAAAAAGAAACCUGA